GUCAUGGUUAUAGAAGAUAUGAUAUAUUUGAUACAUGUCAGAGGUCUAACCGAACUUGUGAAGUCGACUUUAAACAUGGAGACAGAUCUGCUUUUUGUGGACAUUGAGCAGGACCCUCCGAAGAUGAUAACACAAGUGCAAGAAAGCUUGGUAGCAAUGGAGCUUAUCUCAGUUCAGAAAUUGUUUUCCUUGGUCUUUCCCUCUGAUGACAUGAACAAUGAUGUCUUGCAAUGCCACAGGACAGAUUCAAGAGUGAACACUGAGUCGUCCUCUUUUGAAGAGCUAAUUACUUCUCAGUCUGCUGAGUUUAUUGAUCUCAGUAGCUGCAUGCAGGAAACUAAGGUCACAGUGCCAACUCUUAAUGGAUGGCUUCUUGGUUAUCCAGUGGUGUACUUGUUCGGCAAGGAGCACAUUGCAGAUGCUAUAUAUAACCUUUCAAUCAAAUCUCUUCAUCUUUUCAAAAUUUUAGUCUGCAGGAAUGGCACCUCUAAUAGAGGAUCUCCGCAACAAGAACUAAUGAGUUUUUCAGUGCCUUAUGACCUGAGCAUGGAAGGUGCCAAUGAACCAUGGGCGAAAGCAUUUGUGGUUCGCAUGCAGGCAAGGUGGGAAAAAUGCAGGCAAGUUUGGGGAUCUCUGGAGAUGGAGGUUAGUGGUUGCUAUCCACAAGCAAUCGCAUUAUAGUUUUUGCCUCCAAAAUGAAUAAAAUUAAUCAAGAUUUUUGUAUAGAAUAUAUUUUAUUUUCAAUAAGUUAUAUUAAACCAGGAGACCCGAUUAGUGGUUUGCGAAAAGAAACAUUAGCAGUAAUGUAAUUAUCAACUUAAAACGUUUCAUAUGAGCAUAAACAAGUUUUUUCCAUUGUUUAACCAAGUGUUUGGAGACAAG